UCUGGAAAUUUCGAUGCUAUGCUGCGCUUGAGGUAUAAAAGGCGGACCCUGCGCUCUGCGAGUCCUUCAGAAUAGAAAGCACAGGAUACCCAGCAGUCACAUCUCUAAAGCGCCUUUAAUCUUUUCUCCUUUUUCUCUUUUUCUUUCUCGCGAUGUCUCUUUCUCGCGUGUACGAACCUUUCUUCUCUUUCUCCGACUUCGACCGCCUCUUUGAUGAGGCCUUUGCGGCUCGCACAAGUGACAACAGCCAAGUCAGCCGCACUGGCUCUGCAGGCGGGCCCCUCCGACCAAGGAUGGACCUGCAUGAAGAUGAGAAGGCCAAUGUCGUGACGGCAACAUUCGAACUGCCCGGCCUCCGCAAGGAGGACGUGCAGAUCGACGUCCACAACAACAUGUUGUCCGUCUCGGGUGAGAGCAAGAUCUCGUCAGAAAGGGAUGAGAACGGGUACGCCGUCCGGGAGCGGAGAUAUGGCAAGUUCUCCAGGACGAUCCCACUUCCGCAGGGUAUCAAGCCCGAGGAUAUCAAGGCGUCCAUGGAGAACGGCGUCUUAUCUGUGACGUUCCCGAAGACAACACCUGAGAUGGCUCCCAAGAAGAUCACGAUUUCAUGAAGGGGUUUUGGGUUGAAUGGGAUGUUUUGAAGGGAUUGACUUGCUGACUGUACUGUGUAUUAUAUUCUCACCCAACGCUCGCUAGGUCUGGCUAGCGUCCGUUCAUUGUAUCAAUAGUCAAUCCCUUAUUGAUGAAAUGAACUGGUUUCGUCUCGG